AUGCGGCUAACCGGUGCCUUCUCCAAUAUACACAUGCUAAUGUAGCUAAGUAAUUCCUCAGAAACAUGCUAAUCCUCACCGCAGAGAUGCUAACAUGCUAAUGUUACUAUUUGUUUUCAUGUCUACAUGCCAAUGCUAAUUGGUAGCGUGACCAACUAAUGCCACUUGCCUGCAUCCAUUUCAACAUACUAAUUUAGUCAUGUGAUCUAGCUAAUAGUAUUUACAUCAACUCGCUAUGGUUGACGUGCUACUGUCAACAAUCUAAUCUAGCUAACAGGUUCCCACCCAGCGUGCUAAGCGGUUCCAUGUCAACAUGCGAAUUUAGAAAUGCUAUGUAGCUAGCUGGUUCCCGCCCAGCAUGCAAAUGCUGAUGUGUGAAUGCAAUUAACUGGCUCCAUGCUAAGGUAGCUAACACGGUUAAUAAAGUACAGAAUCAGACUGUUUUACAGUUAAUACAGCAAUAGCAAAUCUUUUUCAAAAUGUCCACUGAAGAGGUCCAGGUGGUGGUGUGACCCGUCGCCAUGGUGACGAUGCUGAUCCGCAUCCUGAUCCUUUGAUCCGCUGCUCAAGUCGUCGGGCCGGCAGGCAGGACACGCUCACUUGCCCGGGAUGCCGUUCCUUUGGCGGCGACUCAAAGUCCUCGGGUUCCUGUUGGUCCUGUGUGGCGCGUCGACGGACUCUGUGCCAACGCCGGCGGUCACAGGCCAUCCGCUUCCUGUCCUGUGGAUGCUUCCGGGGCCUUCGGGCGGGGGCGGAGCCAAUGCCAGCGCCGGCCUGACGCUGGCCGUCCGCAUGGCUCUCGAGGACCUCGAGAGACAACCGGCCCCCCUCGGGGAUUACCGCCUGCAAAUGGAAGUGAUACACACACAGUGUGACCUGUCAUCGUCCCUCAAAUCUCUCUUUGAUGCCAUCUGGGCGGGGCCAAAGUACCUGCUCCUGCUCGGAGGGGCGUGUCCUGCAGUGGCAACUCGGCUAGCUGGCGCUCUGCCAGCUCUCCGGAUGGUUCAGGUGUCUUACGGUAAUGAGGCGUCCCGGCUAUCCGGCGGGAAACGGCACGGGAACGUGUUCACCUUGGCGCCGUCGGGUCGAGCUGUCAAUCGGGCGGCCGUCGAGCUGCUGCGACGCUUCGGCUGGACGCGCGUCGGCCUAGUGGCCGGAGAGUCAUCCGCGGAGAUGACCGAGGACUUGAAGAGUCGGAUGACGAUGGCCGACGUCCGCCUGGUUUCCGUGACGACCCUCCCGGACCACAACUGCACGGGCCUCGUGGACAUGAAGGAACGCGACGUGCGCGUCGUCAUCGUCACUCUCGCCCAACCCGAAGAAGGUUCCCUCUCUCCGGUCUUCUGCUGCGCGUCCAGGCUGAAGAUGUUUGGUGCGCACCAUCAGUGGAUCGUGGCGGGCGCAGACCCAAGAUGGAGGCCCGGGUUUCAGGCUCCCGGCUGCACGUCCGAUGAGAUCGCCGCGGCGACGGACGGUGCCAUCUGGCUGCCCGUCAUGCGCGCGGGCCGCUCCGACACGCCGGGGGUGUCCGGACGGACUCCCGAAGAUUUCGAGCGGGCCUACCUGCAGAAGACCCGGCGCCACCCGGGCGUCCGGCCCGGGCCCCGCCACGCCUUGGCCUACGAUGCCGUGUGGGUGGCGGCCAAAGCUUUGAGUGACCUGACGGAGGCGCUCAAGCGUCGCCGCAAGUUCAGCAGAAACGCCGAGGUCACCGAGGAUGAAGCGGCCCGCGCCCUGAGGGACGCCGUCGCUCGCACCCACUUUGAAGGCGUCACGGGGACCGUUUCCUUCCAACACGGCCGCCGAAGCUCCUCCGUCGACGUCAUCCAGACUCAAGGCUCCGCCGGAGUCUUGGUGGGCCAGUUGGACAUGAAGACACGCGAGCUGCGAGUCUCCGAGCGUCUGCUGAAGUUCAAAGCUUCUUCGGCGCCCAAAGACGGCGUGGAAGUGCGCGUGGAGCGGCGCCGCGUCAGCAUCCUCAUCUACGGCGGCCUGUCCGCCGCGGCCACGGCAAUGGCCGCCAUCUCGCUGGGCGUCUUCUGCGUGGUGGCCGGCUGGCGGGCCCGAGAAGUGCCGCUGCUGAUGCUGACGGCCGUUUUCCUCUCCGCUACAUCCGUCAUAGCCGGAGGCCCUGAUGAUGACUUUCUGGGCCCCGAGACGACGCGCGCGCUCUGCUCGCUACGCGCGUGUUUGCUGGUGGCGUCUCACAGUCUGGCAUCAACGUCGCUCUUGGCCCAAACGUGGCACCAUUUGUCAGAAGGCAAGGUUCCAUCCGCCUACCGCCUGGCCUUGGUCUUGACCCCGGUGGAUGCGCUCCUUUUGUUGGCUUGGCAGACGCUGGCGCCUCUCGGGCGGGUGGAGAUGCGACACGGACCGCGGGGCGACUCCAUCCAUCCGGAUGUCAUCACGUGGAUUACGUCCCAACGCUGCGGCGGCAACGACAUGGACGCCUGGACCGCCGCCAUCUACGCAUACAAAGUGCCUCUCGUGGUGUGUGGGUGUUUGCUGUCCUUGCUGCUCCCCGACCGUCACGGAGCUAGCGGCGGUCCGUGUGUGUGGUGGUGCGCACGCGUGGGCACGGCAUGCGUGUUGUGGACGAGCACGUGGGCGGCCACGGCGCUGCCUCUGAUUUCCCACAAUCCUUCCCUGGACUUCUGUGCGCUCAACGUUGUGCUACUCGCCUGCGACAUCAUCGCGCUCGCCAUCACGUUACGAGGCCCGCUCAUCGACACGAACGUCAAGGACGGCGGGGUGGACGUGGGAGGCGGGGCCUGGGAGAAACUUAAUUGGCAGCUGCAACUUCAAAGUAUUGAGUUGGAUGCACAAAUCCACACGCUAAGCAUACAGCUUUGUGACAAGUGGCAAGCGCAGCUCGGCCAGCGGCAGACAGGAAGUAGCGUCACGACGUCACAUGAUGUCACCGAUAGCGACGUCAACUCGCCUGAGCUCAUGCGUCGGCGCAUGUCGCUCCAGCUCCCGAUUCUCCAUCUUUCCUACCUUCCCGCCAUCGGCGGCGUCAGUGCGAGUGACUCCGCCAACUUCGCCAGCUGGGACGCCGCGCUCACCAACACUUAGCAGACGACCGGCGGACAAAACCCAGUCAGCAAAAUUGGUCUGGCCCAGCUCUGGGGCAGACACGGCACGUACGCUCGGCCCACAUACCUCAAUGAAUGACGGUCCUGCAGUGGCCCACGUCUGGCAUCCGUGAUGUGGGCCGCAUUCGGCCCAGAUCUGAGCCGCAUUGUAAAACCAUAUCUGGCCCUACACCGACCCGACGCUGGGCCAGAACAGGUUCCUGAUAUCAGCCUGAAUUCAACCUCAAUUAAGCCACAUCUUUCAUGAACCAUAUUUGACCCACAUUAAAAAAAAGUCUCAAAAACGACUGUUAUAAAAAUAUGUUUAUUGUCAUAAUUUGU